GAAAAUUCGGAAGUCGGCGGUUCAAAAUGGCGUCGAAUAAAAAGAAAUUAGACGAAAAACACUUAAAAAUGCUACGAGAAAUGGUAGCAUUAGCCCAUAACAAACAAUGUUUUGACUGUCAUCAACGGGGUCCAACUUACAUCAAUAUGACCAUCGGCUCAUACGUCUGCACAGCCUGUAGUGGCUUGUUACGAGGGCUGAAUCCACCACACAGGGUUAAAUCUAUAUCCAUGGCUAGUUUUACACCAGAUGAAAUGGAAUUUAUCAAAUGUCAUGGAAAUGAGUAUUGUAGGAAAGUAUGGCUGGGUCUAUAUGACAACAGAUUAGGCAGUCAGACGGAAGGGCGAGAUGAAGCGAAGGUCAAAGACUUUAUGUCCCAAAAAUAUGAAAGAAAACGUUACUAUGUGGCGCCCUCAGACAGUAUGAAAGAAGAAGCAAAACGCAUGAACGAGUCGGCAAUUACAGCAACAAAAGCACCAGGAACUAAACCACUGAAGUCAUUACUAGGAGAGAACGCCCCAAAACUACAAGUAGGAAAUACUCAGGAAGAUGAUAUUAAUAUAACUGUUAACCCGUUUGAGGACCAACCAACCUCCAUUGAGCCUGAAGUGACUGUCUCUCAUGCUGACAUAUUUGAGGAGCCUAGCACUAGCACACCGUCUCUCGGAAGCACAGGGAAUUCAAGUAUACUGUCCUUCGAAAACACAGGGAAUUCUACGUCUCUUGGAAACACAGGGAAUUCUAGUAUACUGUCCCUCGAAAACACAGGGAAUUCUAGUACACCAUCUCUCGGAAACACAGGGAAUUCUAGUACACCAUCUCUCGGAAAUACAGGGAAUCCACUUUCAGACAUAAAUACCCAGAUCAUUCAAGAGCAGAAAGCUCCAGUGUCCGCCACCCCUCCACCAAUAGGAUCCACUCCACAAAGUCCAGGAAACCAGAGUAUACAGUCCUCCAAAUCAUCCGGUUCGACGGCCAUGGAUUUACUCGGAGAUUUAGGCGGAGAUCCUUUCGCCAGUUCGGCACCACAGACACAUCCGCCAGGGGGAGGUGGUUUUGCUGACUUCGGUAACUUUGGUAACACAGCAACAAGUGCACAGCCACAACCAUUCUCACAAGCAGCGCCCCUGCAGCCCUCCGGGUCCAGUUCCCAGUCAUCACAGCAGUCUCUAAAUGGUUUUAUGUCUACACCAGCACCCUCCGCGCCGGCACCGGCAGGAGGUGGUGGUGGAGACAAAUACUCAAACCUGUCAGAUCUGUUCAGUGCCCCCACAACUACAGAAGAAAGUGCAUCCACAGGUUGGAGUUCAUUGAGUGCAGGUAACACAGGAGUAGGCUGGGGUGGUACAACAAAUACCUCAGGUGGUAUAAACUGGGGAGGUGAAAGUAACAGCACGACUACUGGGGGUGUCAAUUGGAACAGCUCUUCCACACAGCCGGUUCCUAGCUCAUCUGGUUUAAAUUGGGGAGGAGGCAGUGCAACAACUUCCAGUAUGUCAUGGGGCGGGGCACCAGCAACAGCACAAUCAAAUGGUCUUGGUGCACCGGGCAAUCCAUUCUUGACAGCAAGCGUUGCGAAUCCUUUCGGAGGCAGUAGUAAUACGUCAUUAACUUCACAGUCUUCUAUGGGUGUUUCACACGCCCCGAAUGCUAAUCCGUUCGGGGGCCAGCCGGCAGUGGGCCAAGGUGGAUUUGGUGCGUUCGGGGCACAAAAUACUGCAGUAUCUCAAAAUGCAGGAUUUGGACAAUUUGGUACUCCUGCAAGCACAGCAGGCGCAGGUUUUGGACAGUUUGGUACGCCAGCUAACUCAGCUGGGGCAGGCUUCGGUCAGUUUGGAACCCCUGCUAGUACUGGGGGAGGAUUUGGACAAUUUGGUGCGGUACAGAAUGGUGGCUUUGGUGCUAACACUUCCGCAAGUGGAUUUGGAGGUGCUCAGACAAAUGUAUCGGCUGGGUUUGGGGCUCAGCAGGGCUUCCCAGCUGGACAGACAGGGUUUGGUGGACAGCCACAGCAGCAAGGAGGUUUUGGCGCAAUGCCAGGGGCUGGCUUCGGAGGUCAGCAAGGUCAAGGGUUUCCACAGCAACAGGCAGGGUUUGGAGGUCAGCCUGCACAAAUGCAAGGAUUUGGUGGGGCUCCUGCAGGAGGAGGCUGGGGUCAGAUGCCAGCUUCAUCAGCUACAGUAAACCCAUUUAUGUCGACAGCACAGCAAUACUCUGCGGCACCAAAAACGGGGGCGACAAACCCAUUCUUGUGAUACUCAGUACAGACACUAGCGGAACCCUAGUGAUAUAACGUUUAUAUUUAUAGCUAGGAUAUUACAUUACAUAACAAGGAACUGAAUAUAAAUUGGCAAUGUCUGUUCUACCAAACAUUGGUUUUGGGUUUUCCGGGUGACAUGCCAUUUUUUAUUCGACAUCGGUACCAGUUCAUUGGGUCAAUAUCGUCAUCAUCAUGAUCAUCAGCCGAGAGGAUUGUUCUCGUUUACGAUGAUUGAUUAUUCAUAUCGCAGCUCUAACUCCAAGGUCGUCAUAAAGUUGCAGGGGAUAGAUUUGAAGCCACAGUUGAAAAUUAAGAAAAGUGCAAUGGAAGGCUGCUGUAGAUUACUGGGUCCGGAGGAGACUGCUCAACCAGCGGUAUACAGCGCCGGAAUGAUAACUCAAACCGUGUUAUUUUGAAUUGAACAAAGUCCUUUCUUGAAAACAAGAAAGGAUAGCAAAUUCUUGUUGUUCUGAUAAAUUAUUUAGGAAGGAGUUAAGAAAGCUCCUGGUAUCAGUUUUGUUGUUCUGUUAAUUACUUAUGUUCAUUUUAUGUUCAGCGUAUAUUGUACAACUUCAUUAUCAGAUUAUAAAUUUAUCAAAUUUAUCAUUUUAUGCUUCGAUUCAAAAUGUUAUUUUCUUGGAGGUUUGUUCAUCAAUCAAAUAUGCAGAUGAUCUUUUUAAUUGUUACAAUGAAUUUGUCAUUUGCUUUUUUUUGACCAAAUAAUUUCUUCUGCCUCUGAUGUUACACACUUACUAAUAACUCACUGCGACUGCUUACAUAAUAAUAUAUGUAUCCAAACGUCAAAGAGGUUGUAAUAUUGCACAUAAAAGUUAACACAAGUUACUGUAGUGGUUGAAGGGAAAAAGUGCAGUGCCAUUUCUGCAUGGGAGAAGGAUAGGAUUUUGGUAUGCACAGUCUAGUGACAAAUCUGGUCAAAGGUUACAAAACAAAGAGUUUGGAGACCAGUCUCUGAAUGCAGUUUUCUCAUUGGUCAAUUUCUGGCACAUCUCAAAAUCAACCAAUCAGGUGCUUGGAUUUUAGACUGGUCCCCAAACUUAAGUUUUAUAACAUAGAAGGGUUUUCUCAUCAUUGUGAAUAUUCAACACCCUUACCCUGCUAUAUUUCUAUAAUGGACUGGUCCAUCUUUCAAUUUGGACAGUACCACUUAGUCUUCAAAGGGGUUUUCACUGAAAAUUUACUGACUGAAUAGCGAACAGUGCAGACCAUGAUCAGACUGCACGGAUGUGCAGGCUGAUCUUGGUCUGCACUGGUCGCAAAGGCAGAAUCAUCUGCCGCCAGCAGGCUAAGGGUUAAACAUCAAAUGAUGUAUCAUUUGAAAACAUACUUUUUCACUCUUUUUUUUUUUCAGUGUUUAAAGUAAAUACCAUUUAAUGCAUUUUGUGACAAUCCAAACAUAAGCAUUCUAGUAUGGUCAGCUAACUUAGUAUUUUUUUAUGUCUAAAAAUUUAAGAUCAAACUAUAUUGGCUAGUGGAAUUUUCUGUUAAAUUAUUAAUAUUUAGCACUGCCUCUUAUGCUUUCUUAGUAGUUUUAUGUAAUCAGAAUGAUGAAGGUCACAUCGAUAGGCUGAAGAAUAUACGUCUUGUGAUAGACCUUUGAUAAAGAUUUCUUCAUGAGAAAAAAGAAAAUUUGCAACAUUUGAAUGUGUGUUACUUUAAAGCUGGCAGCUUGAAUUAGCGUACAGUAAAACUGAUCUCUUAAUAUAAUUAAAAUAAUUUCUUUUGCAAUAAUGAAGCACCUGUGACUAAACCAUUAAACUGGGAUGUAUUGAAAAAAAAAUCGGAUGUUUUAAGUACAGUUUUAAAGAUAUAAACAAGAGAAGUUUCUAAUAAACAUAAUUAGACUGAAACCAAUUGCCAUUUUUCAGGACAGUUUCAUACUUUCAAAUAUUCUGCUUUUUCAUAACGUAGCCAAACAUACAAGGGGGAAAAGUACUAAAAAUUAAACUUAACAUGUUCAGUUCUAUAUUUUUGAUUUUUUUUUCCAUUCUUUAGUCAAGGCAAACAAUCCCGAUUAUCCAUUUAUUAUUAUAAAAUUGAUAAAUGGUGCUUUUUUGUAGAACUUUUUUCAGACGUGUUAGAUAUUGGUUUUGGCUAGUCUGAUGUGAGGAAUAUUGGUACAAAAAUUCUUAAUGGUGAAGGUAUAGACAUUUUUCAGAAGGAAGUCAGUUUUCAUCCUUUUUUUGCCAUUGUUGGUUCAUUUAUAGAUAAAAGCUUCGUAUUUUCUAGUGGGGUAAUGACUAGUUUGGCAAUGUGGGCAUUUGUUUUUCAGUUGUCUUGCUUUAAAGAUGUACUAUGCUCACUUUUUACUGAACUAUUUUAUCAUUGGAUAUUGAUAUACAUGUAAGUCUAGAAAAUCCUCACCAGAUAUUUUUAACUUUGUUAGAUAUAUUAACUUACUGCAUAUUUAGAGCUAAUAUCACCUUUAAAUGUCAUAUCUGGCGUCGGUCAUUGUUUAAAAAAAAAAUCCCUUAUUUUCGUGGCAUUAUAUAUACAUACUCAGUUUACUUAAACAUGUAUUAGUAUUUAGUAUUUCAAACAUAACAAACAGUACUACACAAACCUGUCUGAUUGUUUCAACAUAGAUACUUUGAAUUUAAUAAUAAUUAUUUUUCAGAAUUUUUGUUUAUGAAAUUUGAGUGUAAUAUAUCUUUAAAUACUGUUUUAUGUUACAAGAAUAUAAGUUUAAAGUUCAGAGUGUAAACAUUAACACAUUUACAUGUAUAUACCUACAUAUAUACUGUAAUUGCAGGGUCUGUUUAAUAAGUGCUAUUAAUGGCUGCUUCUUGACGAUAAUUGUAUAAUGAAAACAUUGUUAAAUUAAACGUUUUAUUGCAAGUCAUUAGUGCUUCCAGUUAAAUUUCCCAUCUAAUGCUGAAGUUUGUAAGGAUAAAGAAUAUUCUCCCCUGUUGAUUAUUAAAGAAAUUGAUUUGGAUUCUGUCGCAACUUAAGUGCAAAGAAAAUGAUUAACUGUUUCUUUAUAUUAAUGUAGAUAAUCACUUAUUGCGCUGAGAAUAUUAAGUUAAUGCAGAUAAUCUCUUAUUGCGCUGAGAAUAUAUCAACUUUGCUUGGUGAGAAAAUAAGAAAUAUACUGCCUAGCGAUUGGGGAUGUGGAGGGGAGGGGGAGGGGCUAAUAUUUCAUGUCAAUAAAUAAACUAGAGUUGUUAUUGUUUUUUGCUUGAUGUACAUAUUAGUGUUAUUUCAUUGCCUCAAGAACAAAUCUUGUCAUUGGUAUGGAAAGUAUGCUGUAUAUUUAGGGUACUAUUCCAUGCCAUGCUAACCUAAGUUUUCGCUUCACUCAAACUGCUUUAAUAACGCUUAUAUUUGUACUGCUCACUUGGGAAGAUGUUCAUAUAUGAAAUUUAAUAUAUCACUCACUUUUGUGCAUACAUUGGAUGGUGAAAUGGACACAAAAACAACACGGCAGUGAGUAUACAUUAAGCUUAUUUUACAACAUAAAAUUUAUUAGGAUUACAAAAUAAAACAUCCACAAAGGGGCUACGAUGACAUUUGACAUCUUUAGACUAUUUCAAAAUUUCUACUAUUAAUAAAAGAGUUUGAUAUGGAUUUAAUAAGUAAUAUUCUGAAUAUGUUUUCAUAGGCCUUUGGGUGAUUAACCACUAUGGAUUUAUAAGACAGUAUUCUGUUUAAGCAUGUACAGAAAUAUUGCUCUAAGUAAACAGCUUAAUUUCCCUACCUGCUCUUAAAUACCUCUAUGAAUUAAAUUAUUACAUGACUCUUUAUAAAUCACCAGUCUAUACUGGUAGUUUGUGCUGUAUGACUGGUCGGUUUUUCGUUAAAACAUGUUUACUGUACUAUAAAGUCAGAGAUAGUUUUUAUGUCAUGUAAUAAAACACUUAUUGAAUGGUUUGCCAGUCAAUAAGUGCAUAAUAUGUUACUUUGUUGUAGUUUUUGCUUUGGUUUAAAAAAAUUUGUCAGGCAGUAAUAGCUUGAAGUUGACAUAAAAUAUGUAUUACUUGAUAUACAGUCUUACAUAACACCAACUUACUAAGUUGACAAUACUAUUACACAACUGCCUGUCAAGUUGUCAGUCCAUAGUUUGUGCUAUUGACCGGUCAAUAGUUCAAUACUGUUCUGCUAUACUACAGUCAAUACUGGAGAAAAAAACUUCAAAAUUUAUAAUUUAUCUGAUCUCAUGCUUUAAAACUCUUAUUAGAUGGCUUUGCGACUGAUUGUCAAAAACUAUUAGCACUUGGUCCUUUGGACACAAACAUUUAACUUUUGACUGUUGACCGGCAAGCCAUUUAAUGAGUGUAUACUUUAUAUUAUUCCUAAUGCAGUUUAAUAAAAAGUUCAGGCUGAUUAGCUAAUAAAUACUCCUUUUGACAUGAUAUUUUUUCUGUUUCUGUUUAAUAUUCAAUUUUGCAUAAUUUGAAAAAAAUAACAGUAAAUUAUUUAAAACAAAAAAUUGAUAAAAAUAGCUUUGAAGUCAUAUUGAAUUAAUUGUCACCUCAGUGCAGAAAGUAGUUAACUGUUUCUGUGUGUAAAUGCAGUUAACCACUUUGUGCCCUGAAGUGAUGAUUUUUUCACCUUAUAUUUUAGUCUUGUAAUCUACAUCCUAAAAGUCAAUCUGUAACAGCUAUUCUAGUAUAAAAUAUAUUAAACAUUUUGUAUAUUGAUCAUUAACAACACCUCAUAUCUGUUAUUAGGCACAGUGAUGUUAAAAUUGUAUAGCAGAGAAAAAAAAACUUGAUCAUUUUGCAUAUCUUAGUCUUUGCAAAAAAUGAUUGUAAUGAAAAAAAAGGUGAUUAAUCAGCAACAAGUUUUAUAUGGGAGAUCUUAGCUUGGGCACAGUGUAUUUUGUUUUAAACAGUUUUUUAUUUUUGUGUAAAAUAUUCUGUGUAAAGGUAAGAAAUUCUAAAUACAGGUAUGUUUAUAUUCAUAUUACAUAAUUUGUAAAUAAAAACAUUCCCAUUGAUAAUGGUGUGUUAAUUUCGGUAUGGGCCAAAUAAGUUUUAAGUUUAUGCCAUAUUCAGUGUAGCCAUAUAGGCCAUGCAAAUUAAUGACUUGGUUCUAGGUUAAGUAGCUCCAAUUUUCGUAAGUUUCAGCAUUUCAUCUUGGCAAAUGACACAAAUAUUUUGACGCUAACUACAACUGGGUUAUGAAAUAUAAUAAUUAAAUUAUCAGUAUACAGGUACUCCUUCCAUACAGUACAUUUUCACGAAAAAAUCUAAAAAUGUGAUCUGUAAUUUUCUUUUGCUGUCAAGUUUGUAAAGUUUACUGUUUCAUAUACUGAACUGCUGUGAAUGUUUACAUUUGAUACGUAAUUAAAUAAAGUACCACAAGGCUUUUAUGUUAACCCUUGUCAUGCUGGACACGAUUGAUUCUGCCUUUGCGACCAGUGUAGAUCAUGAUCAGCCUGCACAUCCAUGCAGUCUGAUCAUGAUCUGCACUGUUUGCCAUUCAGUCAGUAUCUUUUUUGGUAAGCACCCCUUUUAACAGCUAAUGGUACUGUCCAAAUUGAAAGAUUGACAAGUUCAUUAUAGAAAUUUAGCAGGGUUAGGGUAAAAAGCAUAUAAAGCAGCUGUCCAAAUAGAAAGCAUUCAUAUGAUAUAAUGAUGAAUAGAAAAGCAUGAUUUUCAGUUGUGCACAUGAACUUAUAUUAUCAACGCCAUAAAGGGAGGUAAUUAAAAAUAGUAGAUUCAGAAAUACUUCCUACUAUUAAACCAAAUAUUCAAACCUUCGACAAAGAUGUUAGAAAAAAAUUAUCGAAAGUAAGAUUUAGUAAAACAUGAGUGUGCUUUAUGUACAUAACGAAAUGCGGCAGCCACAUGAUCAAAGUCAUUGAGCCUCAAAAUGUUAAGAUAUUAAACAUGUGAAAAAAAAAACAGAUUAUCCUAGAGCCUGAUCAUUAAUUUGCAUCACCUGGAUUUUAUCAUUUUGUAUGCUUGCUUGUGUAAAUUAAGCAUGAGGCCAGACAGAACAGUUUAUUUGUUUGCUAUAAUUUGAGCCACAAAUUGGCAUUUGAUUAAUUGGUCUAGCGUAAUAUUUGUUUAUAUUAGACUAUGAAUUUUAUUGCAGGGAAUAAAAGGGCCAAUAGAUAAAUGAUUUAUUGAAAUAUGUAGUUAUAGUUUCACAGAAAGGGAAUCGUAAAUGUUAAACAAAACGCUUCAGUUAUUUAAUGUAGAAAAUUUAAGUAAACUCAGAUGGAAAGAUUCUGUAACAGCAAACAAAUAAAUUUAACGACUUGUCCAGUUGUCACUUUAACUGGUGACCACUGUAACUGGUCGUCUCUAAAUGGUGGCCACCAUAACAUAUCAGCAAUAGAAAUUGAGUCAGAAGUUUUUAACAAAGUUCUCAUUUAUCUGGAAAUUUUCUAGUAAAUGUUAUGUAAAUUUACACUGCAUGCUUCAACUUCACUUACUUUUUGAUGAUGUAAAAAUAGAAUUCCUUGUUUAUUGCCCAAGUUAAACAGAUAGAAAUUGUAAUUUGUAUGACAACAUUGCAUAGUUACGUUGCUCAACAGAUAGACAAAAUAAAGAAAAUGAAAAUAUAUCUAGUAUGCUGCCCAGCAAAUAGACAGAAUGAGGAAAAUGAAAAAAAAAAUGUGUAAUGCCUAGUUACGAUUAAUUACCAAGUCUGAUAAAAAAAAAAUGAUGAAAAUAUAAGGUAAUAUUCUUGUACUAUUUUAAAAAAAUUUUGAUAAACAAAAAUGUUUUAAUAUAAAUAUAACACAAGUGUUUUAAUAUAAAUAUAACACAAUAACAAAAGUGUUUUAAUAUAAAUAUAACACAAGAAAGUGUUUGAGCUUCAGUUAAUUUGUAUUGUAGCAAAAAUGGAACUACUGUAUUUUAGGACAAAUGAAAAAUAUUGCCGAAUGCUUAAAUGUAUAAAUUUGCAUGAAAGUUAAGUAUGCCUUAAAAAAAUCAAGAUAAAAUGUGUUUGCCCUGAUUUGUUUUUAGGUGAAGCAUAUUUUUUUCUCAUGCUUUUAUCUAUUAGUAGGCUUUACUUGAACAAAAGUUGUUAUACACUGCAGGUAUAACCCUUACCCUGCUAGAUUUCCAUUAAAUGUUAAAAGGGGUGCUUUCCGAAAAGAGUGGCAAACAGUGCAGACCAUGGUCAGACUGCACGGAUAUGCAGGCUGAUCUUGGUCUGCACUGGUCGCAAAGGCAGAAUCAGUUGCCGCCAGCAGGUUAAGGGUUAAGCAACAAUAUUUUCAUUGAUUUUCAAACAUAUUUUCCAGGGCAUUGGAAAUCAGACUUUUGUUUGUUUGGAAUUUUAAACUUUAUAUCUUAAGACAUUAGAGUUGUGCUGUUUUGCAUGGCUGAGUAUUGUGUUUAGUAUGAAUUUUAUUGAACAUUUGGUCAUAGCUUUAACUUACUUGGUUCGAAAGAGAUAAAAAUUGUGUUGAUUUAUGAAAACUGCGGACAGGGAAGGGCAAACAUAUUUCUUUUAUGAACAAGGUAUUAGGAACAUAUUUAUUUUAUGGACAGCCUUAGCCUCCAUUUAUCUUGUUAUUAUCUUAUGUUAUUUGUGAUAUGUUUAUUGUAGCCUCUAAGUCUGAAUAAAAUUUGAAAUUUU